GGUUGAACUAAAACUUGUCAAUGGAUUAGACAAUCUUGUUUCACAGUAUUUCAUCUCAAAGGAAAGGCAUUGAGGGCUUAUUGUACAUAUUGGACUGAGAUUUAUUAGGGGCCAAAUCAAUAUAUUGAUAAUGAAAGUAAUUCAUUCCAUUUAGUUGAUAAAUAAAGUAGAAUCCAAUACUGCUUCAUUACUUGGCAACUAACUUUGUGAUAAAUGAAAAUAUAUUUUGAAAUAAUGAAUGACAGGUAUUUGACAUUAUAGAGUGGCAAAUUAUGAAACACUGGCAGGAAUUGUAUAGUUACAGUAGGAAAUGGAGUUGGAAAUUGAAUUAGAAGACCAAUAAUAUUGUUUAUUUAUACUUUAUGAAGCAGGUAUCAUUCUUUAUAUGGUAAUAAAAAUGUGGAGCAGAAUAGAAAUUAAAAGAAGUUCAGUGGAUUAAAUGAUCAAAUCAAAGAUAUACAUGGACAUCAUCAUAUUUCACAGAUAUCUGUCCAUUCAUUUUGGCUAAUUUGACUAGGAAAUGGACGCACAGUUGCAGUACACAAUCAAAAGAGCAAUGUCAGACAUGUGAGAUUCCAUAAUUGGAAUGAUCUAAACUGCAGUGAAGCUUCAUGGAUUUGAUACCAUCAGUGAUGAAUGUAAACAAAACUGAUAUAGGAUUGCCAAAAUCUCAUGAUUCAAAAAAGGAACCUCAGUUGCUGAAAAAAUCUGCAUCAGCAAAAUGUAAACGGACAUCUACACACAGAAUUGGAAUCGUUGAGCAGUACUUCAGGCCAAAAACAACCCAAAGUACACGUAACUUUAAACACAAAACAAACCAAUACAAUGGUGACAGCAGUGACACAUAUGGUUGCCAUGCCAAUAAGAGCAGUUACCAUGGAAACAAUCAAAGUAACUGUAACAGAUUACAAAGAAAUGGUCAGUUGGCAAAAUCUAUUAAAGAAUUCAGAAAAGAAUACGACUUUCAGGAAUCUAGAUUAGAUUUCAACAGACAAUUACUAACUAGAAACGUUCGUGAGAAGAGAGAAGCUAAUCAGGAAAAGUUAGAUGAAUCAAUUACUUGUAUCCAUGUACAAAAGGAAAAGGCAAGAAAGCAGUUCAAGAAGGCAAUACAUCUAGUCCUGAUUGUGUUAACAGUAAAGCAUUGUAUAUCACACAAAAGCAUGGAGGAAGACUGCAAGACAGCUACUGAACUACAUUGGCACAUCCUACAUAACAGAAAACACAGCAAAGAUAAACUUGUCUUUGAUAAACUGUUGUUUGCAAGAGAGAAGUCUUUUGCACGAUUUCCUUAUUGGGCAAGGCUAGUAACAGACCAACCAGCAGGGGAUCGGUCUGAGGUUGACUGUAGAAGACUUCAUGCCUUGUUGCGUGGCCUCCGAGGUUUCAACAAAUUCACAGAGACAAUACAACUUGCAUUGUGCCGUUCUAUGUCUUAUGUAAGAGUGGAGCCAGAAAGAGUAAUUCUGAGAAGGGGUCACACUGGGAUCUAUUUCUACUUCAUCUUCUCCGGCUCUGUGUUCAUUAACAUCCAACACUUUGAUCAGCACGGCAAUACAUUCAGCAAGACCGAACGUGUCCUCACCAGAGGAGAUUCAUUUGGGGAGGUUGCACUAUUAAAGGAUAUUCCACGAACUGCAACUGUCACAUGUCGCGAAGAGUGCGAACUGCUUGUAAUAGAAAGGGACAUUUUUGCAAAAAUAUGCCCUAAGAUAUUUGAUAUAGAGCACCAAGAGAAAGUUGAUUAUAUAAGAAAGCUUCCACUGUUGAAGAGUCUAUGGGAGAAGCAUGUAGUAGAAGGACUGGCCUAUGAAUGCCAACUCCAGGAACAUAGGGCUGGAAAGGUGGUUGUGGCAAAUAACACAGAAGAUGAAUGGGUUCAUAUUUGCAUGGAGGGCAGUUGUAGAAUUAGGAAAUGUCUGCUCCAUAAUGUAACAAUACAAGCAAGUAGAAAAGCCUCACAGCAAUCUUACAGAAGUCCCCAUGCAGCCCAUAUUCAAGUUUGUGAACAAGAUGAUGAUCUUACUACACCAGAAAGUGAAAUUACACAAAGGGAUUUAUCCAGAAAGAAAAGCAUAGUAGCAAAGGAAAGAAUGCUUGAGAUGAUUACAACAACAACAUACACAUAUGAAGACACUUAUAAUGAUAGAAAUGACCAUUCAGUAACAAAUGAUGUUUCAAGCACAGCCAACAGAAUCCCAAGCAGAGUGGUCACACCUCAUAGUCUUAUAUGCCACAGACUUCAGGAGAGUGGGAAACACUUUAUAGAUAUUGGGAAGCUUAUUCCUGGAGAUAUAUUUGAUUUGGCAAAUAUAGUAAGAGAGUACAAAAGAAAGCCACCAUUCACGAUGGGUUAUCUCACUUUAGUCAGUGGGGGAUGUAGAUUACUACGGAUCCCAAAGCAGACAUUCUUCAAAACACUCUCCAAACAGGGUUUGGAUUUGAUACAACAGGAAGCAAUGCUAAACUGUUACCCAUCUGAGGAAACAAUCCUUAAAUUGUACAAAGCUGAAGUAAAAUGGAACAAUUACAAACAUGAUGUCAUCAGAGAGGUGAUACUCCCUCAUACUCAUAGUAGGAAAUCACUCCUAGAGAAGUCUGACAGAGAAUACAUCAAACAAUUGGACAAAAAUGUGCAACUUUUGAAAACUUUAAUGGCUUAUGAGCUGAAAGAAAAAAACAUUAUUGAAAUGGAAAAGUUGCAAAGUUUGAAGCCUACAAAGCCAUUUGAUGAUAGAGACUUUAUGUAGCUUCAGCAGUAUUUUUCUCAUUAAUUUGUCCCAUUGUCAUCAACAUGGAUAGAUUCAAUAAAACCAGGAAUUGAUGUUAAAAUUGUGAUAAUUUGUGAUUUCUUGCAAGAUUCAUUAGCUUACAUAGAAGAAUAUUUUCUUCAUAUUUAAACGUUUCCAAGGUUUCAUGUUGUCAUAUUAUACUGAAAAGGGAAAAUGGAAUAUCAUUGACUGGGUAAUCCAAGUGGGAAUUCAGAUACCAACAUUUUAGUCUCUUUUAUAAACAUUUAUACAUGAUUUUACUUUUUAAACAAAAUAUACAGAAAGGUACAAAAAUGAUAACUCCAAAACAAAAUAACAUUUGGUUAAAUCAAAACAGGUAAACACAUAUUCAUGGAGGACUACAUUAUAUUAAAGCUAUUUCAAGCUUUUUAUUUGGCACCUAUUUUGUUAUCAAAGCAAAUUAUUCAAGCCAUUAUGUAACAAAAUCUUCCAAAGUCAAUAAAUACUGAGAAAUCA